AUGGUAGUUUUCAAGUGCGAGAAACCGAAUGAUUGUCCCCUUAUAGUGCGCCUUUAUGCUAAGAUGGGCCUUCAUCGUUACAAUAUGCUUCAGGGAACCAACUUGCAGCUUUAUUCCGUAGAGAAAUACAAUAAGAAAGGUGGGAGCCUGGUCCUGCCUGCUUCCUUUUAUAUAACUUGUGUUGCAGAGGAUCCAGCUACCGGUUCCCUUGUGCAUUUUCAGACUAGUAGUCACGAACUAACAAAGCACGACCUGUAUGUCAGGUUUUAUGUUGUUAGGCCUAAAAAUACAGGGACCGUGGGUACGCUUUGGAAUGAUCAAACUGCACCUCAGUUCUACCAUUUGCAACACAAGUUGUCUGAUUUAAAGAUUGUGGAGGUGAUGGUAGAAACUAAGGGAAAGGAUGCUAAACUCAAGGGGUUUAUAGAUGCAACUGUAUACAUUAAGUACCAUCAGGACUUGCGCGAUGGUAGGGUUUGUAAGCGCAGAGCUAUCUUAGCAGAUUCGUGGAUUUGA